CGAGGAGCGCGCGGCGGGCGCGGCGGCGGCGACGACGGCGGCUGGAGGAGGGGCCCAGAGCCCAGAGCCGUGCCAAAGGACACCCCGUCCUCCAAAUGCUGCCACUUGAGUGAGGCGCGCGAGAAGGCGGCGCCGCUGGCCUUGCAGUCGGACUGCGCUGCGCUCCGCACCCCGCCGCCCUGACGCCAACCGGCGCCCCCCGGGCGGCGGCUUCGGGGACCGAGCAGCGCACGCAGCCGGCCAAUGCCGGAUGCCUUCCCGGCCCCGCGGCCGUCCCGAGGGGCGUUGGGCACGCAGCCGCCCCGGCGAUGUGCUGUAAACCUGGGAGUUACAGGCGACUUUAAUUCAAGCAGACCUCUCGCGGCCAGCUGCCUCGGAUAGAGCCUCACGUCUCCGUCUCCUCAUUGAGAAGUUAGCCCCCACCCCUUCCACCUGGUUCUGAGCCCCAAGUCCGAGGUAUUGCGUUUCUGAGCUGCAGUUUCAUUCUCCUUCCUACCUGAAGAGUGACUGAAGAUUUUCAGAUAAACACUACAGGUGAAGAUUGGUAAAAAGAAGCACUGAUUACUGCAGUGGCCUGGAGAGGAAAAGCGCUGGUCGGUAUCACAUGGACAAGCUCAGUGUUUUCCAAAGAUGCUGUUGAAGUAGUCUUUGCUACUGCUUUCCUUCAAAGCUCUUCAUAACAUGGGCUGCAUGAAAUCAAAGCAAACUUUCCCAUUUCCUACCACAUGUGAGAGUGAGAAGCAGCAUGCAAGUGAAGAAAGCUUUAUGUCUGGAGACAGAUUUCUACCUAGGAUGCCUUCUCCAGUUAAUGUCGAACAGGAAGUGAAGAAACCAUCAGGGCCCGAAACUGUGGUCUUCGAAUUUGCACAUCGCCUGUCCCAGGAAAUCCUGAGUGAUGCCUUGCAGCAGUGGGCAGGCAAUAACAUCAAGUACUAUGACAUCCCAUAUAUUGAGAGUGAGGGGCCUUGACGCUGUAGGAUGAUGAUAACUUCUUGAAUUGUGGAUAAAGUUGGUGCUAGCUUAAAUACAUGAAACAAUAGCAAAAACUGAUGUGAAUAAAUACAAAUAACUACGUCUGGAUGUAAAAAAAAAAAGUCUAUGACCCUGGUCACCAAUAUCCAAAGAAAGGCAGAAGAAGACCUGAGAAAUAUGUAUUUGGCCUUAAAAGCAGGCGGAAAUGCUACCUCUAGUUCUAACCAUGAUACUUUGAAACCCACAAAUAGAGUGAAUUCUCCCGGUUGCAUGGACAAAGAAAGUUCUUUGAAGUGAGUGAUGUGCUAUCUUUCCGUUGCCUUUAGACACUUGGUCAUUCAACUUUCAUUUUACCUAGUCCCAAGAUCUGAACUGUCCUGUUGUACUUGCAAUCUAGAAACAAAGUAGAAAAACCUCACCAUCCCCAUUUAUACAAGGAUCUGAAGUCAUAAGACUAAGGGACAAAAAGUUUUCUGAAAGUGCAAAACAUAUUUCCAGCUCAUGAAGAAAAAUUUAGGUUUUUGAGUAUACUAAUGACUCAGACAAAAGCUUAGAUGUUGCUGUUUUUCAUUCAUUUUGUAUCUCACAUCAGGAUAUUUUUGCUGCAAAGUCACUCACUGUUUAAAAGGUGUAAUUAAGUAUGUAAGGUAAUACAAUAUUAUGGUGAGAACACAAAGCCAUAGCUACACUAAAUUUUUCAGCAUACAUAGGGAUGUAGACUGGCGAGUUUUAUUACAGCUAAGUAUUUUAACCUCAGGUUUCUCCUGUGCCUGGGCCCCUAUUUGCAAGGGGGGUAGCAGGCACGCCUGUUCAGAUCCAUAUCUAGCUAGAAGUAUAAUCUCUGUUGCCCUGACACUAUGGCAGUAUGGUUUUGUCACCAAGCACCAACCCCUCACUCCUGAAUCAUUUUAACAGAGUAUAGUAUCUUGUAGUAUAGACUUAUCUUGGAAAUAUAUGCUGUAUUAUGCCAAAACAUGGACAAGGAACUACAAGGCUUGCGUAAUCAGUGAGUUAGCAGAUAAACCAAGUUGGAGGCAGGCAGGAAAAAGAACUGGAUAAGCAAAUGUAUACCACAUGUGAUCAUUAUCAAGAUAUAGUUUGGCCUUGAUGACGAGACAGAUGAGAACAUCUUUGAUAGGAUUCCUUCUAUCAUACCUUCAUAUUUAAAUACUGGAUUUACUUCACUUUCAACUUUCAUGAACAGUAAAAGGUCUAUUUGAGAAGGAAGGAACAUAUAAAACAGACGACUGGAAGAAUUAUUAGCUACUGGAAAGGGAGACAUUUGUUCCAACUUCUAUCACAAACACAGAUGAAAUAAGAAUAGUGGCCAAAUCAUAAGGGAAAGGAAACUGGGGGGGAAAGAGGGCCCAAGAAACAGCACUCACGUCAGGCUCCAUCAGAAGACACACUGCAAAACAAGUCUCCAAUGUUCUUGACUGAGGGAAGGGACACAGUAGCAAGUUCCUUUCUUUACCACCCUGACAGGUGACCAACUACUGACUCUUUUCUCUCGAGAACAUCCAGGAUAGGCGCAGAUGAGCCGCAGCCAGUGUGACAAAGAACCUGCUGAUGGCAACUGUAAACGAAGAUUCUCAGAGGAAGCGUGCAGGUUCCUCACUUACACAGACUCACGUAACCCCGCAAAAGUGCUUCCCUGCUCCCUUCUCCAGUUAAAGGUCUCCUGUGUGCUCUUACCUUUCAGUUACAAGCCUUUGAUCCCAGAGUGCUCCAUUUUCAGUUGCCUUAUCUGUCCUUUGCUAACCACCUAUGGUCAUUAGCACUCAAAGCACAAUUUGGAAGGGGAUAAAAACGAUCCUAGUUCCAAAGGAAUAAUUUGUGUCAAAUUGCCUUAUUAGUAUUAAAAAUAGACAUACUGCUGAAUGAAUGAGCUAGCAUGACACAUGUAUCCUACUUAACAUCAUUGCCAUUUUAUGAGAUGAGGGAACUAUACUUUUUUAUUGUAUAGUUUUAGGAAUAAAGUAAAUUCAAGGAAUAGUAGUUAAAAAACAAAGUUCCAACAAAUCUAUUGUUUGCUUAAUCAUAAGGCCCUCACUAUGUAUCUGUGUGGCCAAAUAGAACAUAUCUUCCUUGGGCAAGUGGGCACAAGCUCAGAUGUACUCCCUAUCUCUUACUUUGCAAAACUCACAUUUUGGUAGCUAAUUCUCUUCCUGUAAGACUUAGCUAUGAAAUGGUAUAUUUUUUCCAAAUAUUUUUGAGAAAACAUUUUUUUCUAAUUGUACAAUAAAAGUCUAGUCGCAAUUAACUAGCUAUGAGUUCUUAUUAAAGCAAAUGCCUUUCAACAUUGUAUACUGUCAAAUUUUUUGACAUAAAGAACAUUUUAUGCAUGUCUAAUGAAUACAAAGUGAAUAAAAAUACAAAUAAUUUCUUGGAUCAUUCAGGUCCAAUUUAAGAGCUUUAAGAAUAUAAAUGUAAACAUGUCCAUUAUCA